UCUCUCUCUCUCUCUCUCUCUCUCUCGUGUUGUGUCUCCCUCAAUAAAUACCCUUAUUCACAACCAUCAAAAUACACAACCAAAACAUAUUAUAUAUAUGUAAUCUGCAUAAUUGUCUUCUGAUUUUGCUGAAUCUAUUCUAUACUAUACACAGCCAUGACUGCUGCCGGGGAUGGCACACACGUCCUGGUGUUUCCUUAUCCUGCGCAGGGGCACAUGAUACCACUUCUUGACCUAACCCAUCUACUAGCCUCUCGUGGCCUAAACAUCACCAUACUCGUCACCCCCAAAAACCUCUCUCUCCUCGCCCCACUUCUUUCCAAACACCCAACCAUCAAAACUCUUGUCUUGCCUUUCCCUGCGCACCCUUCCAUUCCUUCAGGCGUAGAGAACGUCAAAGACAUGCCCCCAAAUGGCUUUCGUGCUAUGAUGCGCGCCAUGGGUGAACUCUACAAUCCUCUCCUAAAUUGGUUCCAGAACCACCCUUCGCCGCCUGUGGCCAUCAUCUCCGACAUGUUCUUGGGGUGGACCCACCGCCUCGCUUGCCAGCUCAGCAUCCGCCGCCUCGUGUUCUCCCCUUCCGGUGCUAUGGCCUUGUCAGUUAUUUAUUCCCUGUGGUCUGACCUACCCAAGAGAGAUGAUCCCAACAAUGACAACGCUCUCAUCUCCUUUCCCAAAAUACCUAAUUCCCCGAUUUACACUUGGUGCCAGCUGUCUCCCUUGUAUCGUAGUUACGUGGAAGGUGACCCAGUUUCGGAAUUCAUGAAAGAUGGGUUUGAGUCUAACAUGGCGAGUUGGGGACUCGUGGUUAACUCGUUUAGUGAGUUGGAACGGGUUUAUCUGGACCAUCUAAUUGAGGUAUUGGGCCAUGAUCGGGUGUGGGCUGUUGGGCCACUGCUUCCUCCUGUCGAUGAUCGAUCUGGCCCAAUUGAGAGAGGUGGGUCCAGCUCUGUAUUGCAAAGUGAUGUGCUGUCUUGGCUUGACACGUGUGAAGAUCGGACAGUGGUGUACGCGUGCUUUGGGAGUCAAGCAGUGUUGACAAACAGGCAAAUGGAGGAGUUAGCACUGGGGUUGGAGAAAAGUGGAGUCAGGUUUAUAUGGUGCGUCAAGGAGCCCACAAAUGAACACGUGGAGGGACAGUACGGUGUGAUUCCAUCUGGAUUUAAAGAUCAUAUGGCGAAGAGAGGAUUUGUCGUAACAGGAUGGGCUCCGCAAGUGUUGAUACUGAAUCACCGUGCUGUUGGCUCGUUCUUGACUCACUGUGGGUGGAACUCGGUAAUUGAAGGAAUUUUUGCAGGGGUACCAAUGCUAGCUUGGCCAAUGGGGGCAGACCAGUUUACAAAUGCCACAUUGUUGGUGGAUGAACUUAGGGUGGCUACUAGAGUUUGUGAAGGUGCUGAAGCCAUUCCAAACUCGGAUGAGUUGGCUCGGUCGUUGGCAGAAGCGGUGGGUGAGAACCGAGUCGAAAUGAGUCGAGCGAAGGAGUUGCGUGAAGCAGCAUUGAAGGCUAUUAAAGAAGAAGGUGGAACUUCAUCCAUGGAUUUGGAUGAUUCGAUCAGUCGUAUUUCAGAAGGCUACUAAUGAGAAAUGUUUUUGGGUUCAUCUACCUGUUGCUUUAAAAACAGACACAGCAAGUCAUAUGAUCUUUUAUUGUUUGUUGCGUAAAAAGAGACGUCAGACAAGUCAUGUUACCUUUGUAUAAAGCUUUCAUGUCAUUUGGAUACUUUUUUCCAUAUACACUUUUUCUUUUCUUUUCUUUUAAUAAUACAAAUUUAGAAAUUGUAUUAAGAAAAUAGUAU